CACCUCCACAAUUAAAUGUCGUGAAAAGAAGAGAAACCAGACAAAUAUCUUAAAGCAUAAUUGGUUAAUUGAAGAGUCACAUUCCGUGGGUUGGGACAUGAAGCCGGAAGCCUGGGAUACAUUAUAGAUUAUACAUUAUAGAUGAUGAUGGGAUGGGAUGGCAGCACGGAGCACAGAGUACACAGCACACAGCACACAGCACUCAGCACUCCCUGUAAAGUCGCGCGCUCUCAAAACUUUCUGUUUUCAAAUUAAUAACGCCAUACUCAUUGACCAGUGCAUGGGAUCUUGGUCGCAGGACAACAUUAAAUAAAUCGGAUCCCCGCCGUCGGUAUUUGAAAUCCAACUACCAGCAAAUCAGCCGACGCAAUCUACUGGCGGCCCGGGAAUUUCGAGACGGGGGCAAUACAAUUUAGCGGGAAAGAUCGAAGGGGUGGCCAGUUGAGCAGUGAGCAGGGAAGGGUACAAACUUGAAAUUGAAGGUCGGAGGUGGCGCAUGGAGUGAGAGACGAAGCUGAAUCAUUGAUUAAACAAGCAGGGCUUCAGCUGCGAUAGUGGAAAACAGCGGUAAAUUGGAGGUGUCAGAAUCGACGUGUGGUUACAUGGGGAAGAGGGGAAGAAAACCACGGGUGGUGACAGAGGCGGCGGUGGUGGGUGUCGUCCCCGAUGAGCUCCGCUGCAGGCGUUCAGAUGGGAAAGCAUGGCGGUGCAGCGCCCUUGCCAUUCCUGGGCUUAGUCUUUGCACGAAUCAUCAUGCAAGGCAAUCUCACAAUGGUGGGCUUAAGAGAAAGACGAAGCCCUCUUCGAACGACGGGGACAGACCUAACAAGCGCGCUAAGGCCGUGCCCGCUGUGGCUUCCAAUUUGACAAAAAGUGGAAAGAAGCGCAAGCGGAAGGCCAAGGAAGAAAAGAAUGAGGCCAAGGCCAAGGUCAAGGAAGAAAAGAACGAGGUGGAGGAAUGCGAAUCCGGUUCUCCCGAGAGGAAAGUCGUGAAAAGAAUGAGGGUUAUUGAAGAGGAGGGGCAGGAGGAUCAGGAGGAGGAGGAGGAGCAUGAGGAGGAGGAUGAUGAUACUGAUUAUGGGCCCAGGGGAAGGGGAGGCGUGAGGAUCAGGAGGGAGGACUCGGGGACACAAGUCAUGAAGAAGUUUCUCCCCAAUGGAUUGAUGGAAAUUCCUGUGGUCUUCGACGCGGGGCCUGAUUUUAAAAUGGUAUUUGAUAAGGCUGCAGAUGCUGUCAUUAGUACUCCCAAGCAGGUCGACUUCAUCUUGCCCGAUUUCCAUACUGAUCAAGACAAGAGGAAACGUGCCAGGAAGACUACUCAGAGAAUAAGUGAAGAAGCAUCAACAUUGCCAGAGUCACCCUCUAAUCGCACAUUGAACAGUGAAGAAGCAGCACAGCCUGGUGUUGUUCCUGACGAGUUCCGUUGUAAACGGUCAGAUGGGAAACAAUGGAGAUGUAGUGCUCGUGCAAUGCCUGAGCGCACUUAUUGCGAAAAACAUUAUCUUCAGUUAUCCAAAAAACGCCAAGGUCGCAUAACCAAGAUACAUAAAAUGAAGAGAGGCCACAAGGGGGCCCUGUCUAAUCCUCACAACCAAAAGGAGGGCCUAAAGAUUUCUAGGAAAUCACCCCAGAAAGAAGUGAAGAAGAAGCAGAGGAAUUUCGUGAAACAUAAGGUGAAAGAUGAGGAGGCAGACAUUAUAAAUUUUGAUUCCGAGGAUUCUCAAAUAAGGGAAAAGGAGGAUCACAAUGACAAUUCUACAAUGAGAAAUAAGAUACGAAAAAGGGAAGUAGUGUAUAAGGUUUCAAAGCUGUUUGAUAAGCACAAAGCUGCUGUGGAUGUCCCAAGAGAGGUGGAUACAAAUUUGCCAAAGCACAGGAACAAUCAGCCCAAAAAGACAGAUGUCAGGAAAUCCCAAAAUAAGGCGAUUAUGGACGAUUCUUUUACCAGAAAAGCAUCACAAGUAUUGUCAGAGGGAGGAAGUCUGAUGUGCCAUCAGUGCCAAAGAAAUGACAAAGGGAGAGUUGUUUGGUGCUCUAAAUGCAACAAACGUUACUGUGUCUGCUGUAUAGAAAGAUGGUAUCCCGAGCAAUCAGAGGAGGACAUUGCUAAGGCUUGUCCAUUUUGUCGUGGAAAUUGUAACUGUAAAGCAUGUCUGCGUCGAGGAGGUUGUCUGGAGGUUCAACUGAAGAAAUUGACUGAUGUUGACAAAAUCAAUCGUCUACAUCAUUUGAUUUCCACGAUUAUUCCAGUACUGACUAAAAUUAAGGAUGAACAGAAGAUGGAACAAAAGAUGGAGUCUAGAAUUCAAGGCAUACCAGCAGAAAGCCUGGAUAUUCCAUGUGCUGAAAUUUGUUCAGAUGAGCGCCUUUAUUGUGACAACUGCAGUACAUCUAUUGUAGAUUUGCAUAGAAGCUGCCCAGAUUGCUCUUAUGAUCUUUGUAUCAGUUGUUGUUGCGAGUUACGAGAAGGCUGCCAACCUGGAGGUGAUGAAGCACAAUCAGCCCAACAGCAGUCUAUGAAGAGAGUUAGUACAGAGAAUAUGGAAACAAAAGCAUCGAAAGGAAGAAUGGGUUUGACACAGCACUUACAGUCCCCAAAUACUCACUCUUCAAAUUUACAGCAGGCCUUACCUGAUUGGAAAGCAAAUAAGGACGGUUCUAUUCCAUGCCCUCCUAAACAGCGUGGUGGUUGUGGAAGUAAUGUGUUGAACCUAAAAAGCAUCUUUGGUCCAAAUUGGGUUCCAGAUCUCUUGAGUAACGCACAAGAAACUUGCAUUCAUGAGCUUCCAGAGUCAUUGAAAAAUUCUCAUGCAUGUUCAUUGUGUUCCAAGCCUGAUUCCCAGGACAUUAAUGAGUUCACUUGCAAGUUGCGAUGUGCCUCUUGUAGAGGGGAUGCCAGCAAUGACUUUUUGUAUUGCCCUACUGCUCAGGACUUAAAGGAAGAGAGUCUUCAGCAUUUUCAGCAACACUGGGCAAAGGGUGAACCUGUGAUUGUUCGGAAUGUUCUAGAAGAUACAACAGGUCUAAGUUGGGAGCCCAUGGUUAUGUGGCGGGCUUUCAGGGAGACUACCCCCGGCAAAUUUGAGGAUGAGACUAAAACAGUCAAAGCCAUUGAUUGUCUGGAUUGGUGUGAGGUUGAGAUAAACAUUCAUCAAUUUUUUAAAGGCUAUUUGGAGGGGCGGAUGCACAGGAAUCAGUGGCCUGAAAUGUUGAAGCUGAAGGAUUGGCCUCCCUCAAAUUACUUUGAAGAGCGUCUACCCCGACAUGGUGCUGAAUUUAUCAGUGCUUUACCUUUCCAGGAGUACACCCAUCCUAAAUUUGGCAUUCUUAAUCUUGCCACAAAACUUCCUGGAGACUCUCUGAAACCUGAUCUGGGGCCCAAAACAUAUAUAGCUUAUGGUACCCGAUAUGAACUUGGUAGAGGGGACUCAGUUACUAAGUUACACUGUGAUAUGUCUGAUGCGGUGAAUGUAUUGACACAUAUUGCUGAGGUUAAGUUCUCAAAUGAACAAAUUCGUAAAAUAGAGAAAUUACAAAAGAAAUACAGAGAAAUGGAUAAAAAUGAACUCCAUGGAAAUUCAAAGGAUUUAGACAAACCUGUCCAUGUGAAAAAGAGAGGAAGACCAGCUAAAGUAAAAUUAGAGGCUGAUAAUACGGGCUUUGAGGAAGUAAGCAUAGACAAGUCUCUGUUAUCCGAGUCUUUUGAAAUUCAUCAGAAGUAUGACGAAAAUUGUCCUAGGAUGACUGGAGAAUUUGACAAUGAACAUCAAGAACAAGAUCUGAAAAAGAAAGAAAAUAAGCCAGAGAUUCUAGGAAAUGCCAGAAGUAGUGAUGUUAAGUGUGAAGGAGCUGAAUCAAAGCCCUCAAUUGAAGUCAAGAAUUCUGAUAAAGAUAAUAGUUCUGUUAGUUAUGGAGGAGCGCUUUGGGAUAUUUUUCGUAGAGAGGAUGUACCCAAAUUACAGGCUUAUCUCAAAAAGCAUUCAAAAGAAUUCAGACACACGCAGGCUGCUCCUGUCCAAUCUAUCAUUCAUCCCAUUCACGAUCAGACACUUUACUUGGAUGCAGAGCAUAAAAAGAAAUUGAAGGAGGAAUUUCAGGUAGAGCCAUGGACAUUCGAACAACAACUUGGUGAGGCAGUAUUUAUUCCAGCUGGAUGCCCCCAUCAAGUUAGAAAUCUAAAGUCCUGUAUAAAAGUUGCUCUUGAUUUUGUCUCUCCUGAAAAUGUGCAUGAAUGCAUUCGAUUGACUGAAGAGUUUCGGUUGCUUCCAAAGAACCACAGGGCCAAGGAAGACAAGUUAGAGGUUAAAAAGAUGAUUCUCCAUGCAGUAAAGUCUGCUGUGACGGAAGUCACCAAUUUGAUGAGGGAAAUGAAGAAUGAUGAACCAGAGGCCACACCCUCUGUUUCAGAAAAUGAGGGGUUAACAGCUCUUAUGUCAGAAAAUGAACAUGAAAAUGUUGGAUCAACUCCUGAAGUUUCAGAAAAUGCAUUUGGGACCAAAAUUCAGCUAUUAACUUCUCCAAUCUCAGAUAAUGAAUAUGAGAAUGGAAGUGAGUCAACUACACCUGUCUCAGAACAUGAAUAUGAGAACUUUGAUUCAUUGUCUGCUGGUUCAGAAAAUGAUGAUGUGGAGUCAAUAGACACUGUUUCAGAAAAUGAAAAUCAAUACGUGGAGACAACGCCUGCUUGUAUGGGGUAUGGAAAUGACAAAGUGGAGUUGACCUCUGUUCCGGGAAAUCAAAAUGAACAAUUGGUUUCGAAUCAUGCUACUGUGGAAAAUGAAAAUGAAAGUCUGGAUUUUACCUCAUCUGUCUUGGAAAAUCAAAAUAAAGAUGCAGAAUUGAUCUAUUCUUCUUCAGAAAAGGUGAAAUCAAUACCUGUUCUUUCAGAAAAGAUGAAGCCAGCUCCUGCUAAUAUGGAAAUUGAAAAUGAAGUCAUGAAUUCGACACAUUCUCUUUUGGAAAAUAAAAAUAAAGAUGCAGAAUUUAUGUGCUCUGUUCGAGAAAACAUGAAACCAACCCCAAUAUUUUCAAGGGGGAUCGAUUCAUAUUCAAUGUGGAGUUGAUUCUGCUUUCAGAAAAUGUUUAGACUAACUCUUCUUUUUAUGAAAGUUGAGGAGAUAAUCUUUUGGAAUUCAGAAAAUGUGAAAAUGACAGCACAAGGAGGUUUGAGUGGUAAAGAUGGCUGCAAAUUUUGUUACCACAAUAAAUUUUGCCUGUAUAGCUUUAUAUCUACAGUGGAAGUGUAAAUUCAUGUGGAUGCCAUCCUGCAGUUAGUUUUUUUGACACCACAGAUGUAAAAUUUCAAUAUCUUGCAUGUUUAUUCCAUUCAAACAAAUGCCCCAUUUAAGUUCCACAGGAAAAAUUCCAUUUUGUUUUCAGAAAGUGCUUUAUGGUUGGUCAUUGCUUCAGUUCAUUUUGCUACUCGAACAAGAUUCCUAAUUUCCACUGCACUUAUUAUAUAAUUGAAAGAGGGAUCUGUGGUACAAGUCUAAUUGCACGCUUCAUCAUGACCAAAAGAGGUCUACCCCUCCAAAUGGAACAGUUUUAUGGUUGCACAUUGUAUUAAGGCACACUUUUGUGACAGUCUCUACAUGGGAAUGGAUCUAUGUUCUAUUGUCGGAAAAAUGACAUUUUUGUAGGUUUAGAAACAGUUGAAAAAUGGAAGUUCCACAUAAACAAUUCUUCUGGACAAGCAAAAUAUAGAGGUUGAAACAUAGCAUAUAUUGUUACCUUCUCCGCUGGGCAAGCAAGGUCUGCUAUACAUUGAGUUCGUGAUGACUGAAAUUGUUACAGCUACAUUACAAUGACAUUUUCGUCACUGUAUAUGAUAUCCAGAAACACAAAUAUAUGAAAAUUUUGUAAAUAUAUUGGAGUUCUGCAAGUUGGCUUUUUA